AUGGAAUUGUUGGCAUCACUUAGCGUAUCUUCAGAUGCACCAGAAGGUGCGGAGCAUCCACGCUUAGCUGGUUACAAAAAUUUAGGAAAAUUUGAGGAAAAUCAGAGACAACGACGUUCUGAUGACAUGCAAAAACGAAACCAGAGUCGUGAUGAUUGGCUUAUGCGUGGAAGGUAUAUUGUAGAAGAUGAAAAUAUGGAGGAAUUAAAUCCGGAACAAGUUAAUCCGUUUGCUCCACGUCCACGCCGCAAAUGUCAUUUUAAGGACAUGCUUAUGUUUAGUGAUUGGCUUGUUGAUAUUCCUGAAACAAUGUCAAGUGAAUGGACUCUUAUGGCUGCUCCUGUUGGGCGCCGUUGUUUGGUUGUUGGACAUAGAAACAAAACUAAUAUUUUUUAUAAAAAUGGAUAUCUUUCUCUUCAAUUUGAAAGUACUUUGCCUGGUGGAGGGCCUAUUCAUCCUGAAUUAUUAUGGUGGAAUAACAAAAUGUACACAGACUCAGAUUUUACUGUGCGGCAAUUUUUUAUGCGUUCUAAAAUUGAGGAAUUAAAUAUUGAAAAUAAAAAUGCUAAUAAAGCCAAUCAAUUUAUUCCAUUACCAACUUGCCCAUGCUUGCCUGAGGCAAUGGCCGAAUUUAUGAAAACUGAAUUUCCUUAUGAACUGGACGGAUUACUCUUUUAUUUUAAUUCGAUUCUUGGGGUUCCAAUUCCUGAAUAUCUUCAACGAAAUCAACAUUCUCAAGAUUUUAUUCGAGAUUACAACAGAGCUUUUGGUCAUUUAACUUCAACACAAAUAAAAGAAGAAAAGGAAAGGAAAAGGCAAGAAGAUGAGAAGAAAAGACAAAAAAAGGCUGAAGAAAAGAAAAAACAAAAGGAGGAAAAGAAGAAAAAAUGGGAGGAAAAUAAAAAUAAUUCUGAUAAAAUAUUAGAAGAAAAUAUGGAUUUGGAGGAAGAUAAUAAUGAAAUUAAAAUGGCUGAAAAUGCUAAAAUUGAUAAUGAUGACAUUUAA